CCGCCGCUGGGGGGCGCCACCGGCCCCUCCCCACCGCUCUCCCCCGCCACCGACGCCGCGCUCUCGCGAGAGCGCCCAGUUCUCGCGACAGCUUCGCGCAUCAACAUGGCGGCCGCCGUGCGUGAGGGGAGCCCGGCGGGGCAGGCGGGCGGCGUCGGGACACCCGCGGACAGCGGGACAGCCAGCGUCAUGCCGACCCUACCCGGCUUCGACAGCCCCGAUGCCUUCGUCAAGUACGCCCUGGGCACGGUGGUGGCUGCAACAAAGGCAUCCAACGGGCUGCCCCAGCCUGGCGACGAGUACGAUUUCUACCGCAGCUUCCCCGGCUUCCGCGCGUACUGCGACACACAGGGAGACCGCCUGCUCCGCUGCAUGAGCCAGGUGAUGCAGUACCACGGCUGCCGGAGCCUCCUGAAAGAGUCCAGCAAAGUGACAGGGCUGGAAGAUAAAUUUGAUAUGCUGGUUGACUCCAACGACGUCAUUCUUGAAAGAGUGAGUAUUUUAUUGGAUGAGGCAUCCGGCGUGAACAGAAACCAGCAGCCAGUCCUGCCAGCUGGGUUACAGCCCCCACAGAUGAUCGUUUCCAGCUGGAACCGUAAGGCAGGAGAAUUCCACAAGAGAACUCAGUCUGAAACCUUCCGACUGCUUCAUGCCAAGAAUAUCUCUCGACCGCAGCUUAAGUUUCGGGAAAAGAUUGACAACUCCAACACUCCCUUUGUCCCUAAACUUUUCAUCAAGCCAAAUGCUCUGAAACCUUUGCCUGAAGCCCUCACAAAAAGUGGACGGCAGCGAAAGGAGCGCCCUGAGGACUUGGACGUGCCAGCUGCCUUGGCAGACUUCAUACAUCAGCAGAGGACGCAGCAAACUGAGCAAGACAUGUUUGCUCACCCUUACCAGUAUGAACUAGAGCAUUUCUCUCCACCAGAUGGAGUUCUCAAGAAACCAGAACUCCAGAUGUACAGGCCCAUGGAGGAAACACCCUGUCACUUUAUCACCACACUGGAUGAGCUGGUAGAACUGAAUGAAAAGCUUAUGAACUGUAAAGAGUUUGCCCUGGAUUUGGAGCACCAUUCCUACAGGAGCUUCCUGGGCUUGACAUGUCUGAUGCAGAUUUCCACUCGAACAGAAGAUUUCAUUAUUGAUGCCCUGGAGCUGCGCAGCGACCUGAACAUCCUCAAUGAGACCUUCACAGACCCUGCCAUUGUGAAGGUCCUUCAUGGUGCUGAUUCAGACGUGGAAUGGCUGCAGAGAGACUUUGGUCUGUACUUGGUGAACAUGUUUGAUACUCACCAAGCUGCUCGGCUCCUCAAUCUUGGCAGGCAUUCUUUGGAACACCUGCUGAAGCUGUAUUGCAGUGUAGAUGCUGACAAGAAGUACCAGCUGGCUGACUGGAGGAUACGCCCUUUGCCAGAAGAAAUGAUGCAGUAUGCCCGUGAUGACACUCACUACUUGCUCUACAUCUAUGACAAAAUGAGGGAGGCGCUGUGGGAGAGAGGGAACGAGCAGCCCACGCAGCUGCAGGUUGUGUGGCAGCGCAGCAGGGACAUCUGCCUGAAGAAAUAUAUCAAGCCCCUCUUCACAGAUGAAUCCUACCUUGAGCUCUACAGGAGGCAGAAAAAACACCUCGACACCCAGCAGCUGGCAGCAUUUAGGUUGCUGUUUGCAUGGAGGGACAAGAUAGCACGUCAAGAGGACGAGAGCACAGGAUAUGUGCUCCCAAAUCACAUGCUGUUGAAGAUCUCAGAGGAGCUGCCCAAAGAACCCCAGGGCAUCAUUGCCUGCUGUAAUCCCGUCCCACCCCUCGUUCGCCAGCAGAUUAAUGAAUUGCAUCUGCUCAUUCAGCAGGCCCGGGAGAUGCCUCUUGUCAAGUCGGAGAUUACUUCAACUGCCAAGAGGAGAGCAUCUCUACCCACCCCUGAGAAGCUGGAGAAUGCCCUCUUUGGACCACACGACAGCUCACGGAUUCCUAUGGAUGAUUUUCAGAGCAACUCUGCCUUGGAGCCUGCACCAGUUUUGAAAGAUGCUUGUCUCUUCUCAGACAGUGAGAGGACAACAAAUAGUCAAGAUAGUCAGCCAGAGCCAGCAUGUCUUGUUGCUACUGCCACUGUCAGCAUAUUCAGUGAAAGUGAUGGAGAUGAAGGAAAUAAGAGGCCUUUAACCACUGCACAGCGGAAAGCUCAGCUAAUAAUGGAGUCCUUUGAAAAUCCAUUUAAAAUGUACCUACCUCCAGAGGAGAAUUCUACCUAUAUCUCACAAUCUGCCAAGUUUGACCCAUCAUCAAAAAUUUAUGAGAUCAGCAAUCGAUGGAAGCUGAUGAGUCAGGCACCAGUACAGAAGAAGCCCAAGAAUGAAAUCAGUAAGAAAGCAGCCCAGGAGUCAGCUGCCCGUGCCCAGGCACAGAAGGUGCAUAAAAACACAACACAAAACGUUGUGUCUGUUCGUCAGCAAGCCAUGGAACAAGCAAAUAGGAAGAGGGAAAGAGACACGAGUGAAACGGGAGCGGAGUUGCCAACACAGGAGAAGAAACGGCCAAAACCCCCCCAGCAACCAGAGGAGCUGGAAGCACCGAAGCAGUUUACCCCCUUUGAUUACAGCAAGUCCAACUUCAAAGUGUUUGCAGGAAGCAGCAAAUCGAAGCAGUCGCCACAAUUUGAUCCUGCCAAGCAAGCUUACACAGGGAAGAAAUUUGCUGGAGCUAACAAACUUCAACAGUCUGGAAACCGGAGCAUGUCCUACCUGGCGGGGAAAGCUGAGAGGGGUUCGACACACCACUGGCCAAAGAGAUAAUCCUUGUUACAGGACCUGUGGGAGUUGCUGCUGAAGGAAACAAUAGUUAGAAGUGUUGUCACCACGAGGAGGCAAAUACCGGUCAUUGAGCAAUUUUUGUACAGAAAAUGUUUUUAAGACCAUUAAAACCCUUUUUGUUCCAAAAGGAAAAAUAUUUUAA